AUGGCUUUGAAUAGACAUCUGUCUCUUCAGAGUUUUUGUUUUCUCCUCUUCAGCUCUGUGGUGGAUUCUCGAGGAAUGAGACCCAAGAGCUGUCCCACUGCUGCCCCCUGCACAGACAGAGACAAGCUCCGACUCAGGGAUGGAGACACCGAGUGCUCAGGGCGAGUGGAGGUUUGGCACAGUGGCUCCUGGGGCACAGUGUGUGACGACUCGUGGAGCCUGGCAGAGGCCGAGGUGGUGUGUCAGCAGCUGGGCUGUGGCUCUGCCCUGGAAGCCUUGCAGGAGGCAGCGUUUGGCCCAGGAGAUGGGGGUGUCUGGCUGGAUGAGGUGCAGUGCAGGGGCAGGGAGUCCUCCCUGUGGGCCUGUGCUGCGGACCCCUGGGGGCAGAGCGACUGCAAGCACGAGGAGGACGCUGGAGUGAGGUGCUCCGGCCAUGGGAGGCUGGCUCUGAGUAUUUCUUUGCCUGCCCAUGAUUGUGGCUCCUCAGCAGCCAACACCUAUGACAAGAUUGUCUGA